AUGGGUCGCGACACUAUCGGAGUUGUGCCAGAGCUUGAAGUAACCCAACUCGCUGACACUUCUGUGUACAAAUACACCGCGGAACCGACAAUAAAGCGACAAGUAGACCCGGCUCACACUGCUAAUUUGGUGCCCCCAACACGUGGUUCAGGAAGUAAAUUUAACAAGUAUUACUUGUUGUGGAAGUUGAACGAAUGGAUCGAACUGCGUCACCUGUUCAUGAUUUUCCUUGUGAUUGGCUACACGAGCAUCGGAGCUUACCUUUUCUACAGGAUUGAGUCGAUAAACGAACAACAGGUUUAUCCUGUAAGAGUGAAAGAUCUGAACAGCAAAGUGAUCACCAUAGCGAAAAAAUUCAAGGAGAACGACUCUUGGAAUGUGUCGACCAUUUUCGAUGAAUUCAAAGUGAGAUCAGCUUGGAUCCGCCGUUUGAAAAUAAAAUCCGGAUAUAAGGGAAAUAAUCACUUCCAGAAAGACUACAAAGCUCUGCUUGCGUUCGAUAACGUCUACAAGUGGUCAACGUACUAUCGCACGGAAGUCCAACAUAAGUGGAAUCCGUGGAGUGCGACAUUCUUCGCGAUGAAUCUCUACACUACUGUCGGAUAUGGAACUAUCGCCGCCGAAACCAUCACAGGAAUUGUUAUGGUAAUGAUUUACACAAUGCUGUUCUGUCCUGUUACCAUGGUCAUCAGUCGUGAUCUAGGCCAGUUCGGAUUGGUGUAUUUGACGAAACUUUAUGGCUACGUCAAAUUUAAGUUCACCUCCACCUACGAGAAGGCAAAGAUUUCUGCUGACGAUCUAAUCAUACUACCAGUAAAAUUUGGUUGGGUAGCAAUGCUCGGCUUCCUUGGAUUGACAACAGUGUUUCUCUACUACUACGACCGCUUGACUGGUCCAGAUGUAGGACUUUCGUGGUGGGAAUGCUUCUAUUUCUCCGUACAAACCUACACAACUGCCGGAUUCGGGGACAUUAUGCCGAUCAAUGUUACGUUUGACCCCUUAGUGGGUCUCGUUUACUUCUUCUGUCUACCAGUGCUCAAGGUCGUCAACCGUAUGACCUACUUGUAUUUGGAAAAUGGAAUCCACGGCUAUUUUGCAUUUGUGGAGUCGAAAAUCAAUCAAUACUUGAACACCAGUUACAUGCCUAAUGCGUUGCCACCGGAUCCUUCAACUAUGCCUUCUUAUGUGAAGGAGUAUGGAACAGAAGAGAACGAAUGGGCUAAUAAUUUCACGAUACGCUCUCUGGCUGCCAUGGCUUCCAGUUCAGCAGACGUCUUCGGAGGCAACCUCGGACGCGUCAACUUGAGGACCGCUGAUUUGCAAACGGAACGGAAACCCAGUACUGCAGCAUAA